GUGAGCAUCGGAACUAACCGAGCCGCUACAAAAUAAUAUAGAGUCCUCGUUUCGAAUUUUUUUUCACCACACACACACACAAACAUGAAGAGUUUUCUGAUCCUUCUGGGUUUCGCGGCUCUGGCGGCUGCCGAUGUCAAACAUCUGACAGAUCGCAAUCUCGACCUGUUCAAGUACAACCCCAGCGACGUCUACACCCUGCCCGAGGACAUCGACGACGAGAAGCCGGCGGUCCACUUCAGCGGCGACGUGAUGAAGGCCAAGACCGAGACCCUCCAGAACUACAAUUCCGGCAAGAAGUUCAAGCUGGAACUCAAGACCCAGAACGGAAUCGAAGUGAGCAGCGUGGGCAAGCUGAAGGACGACAAGACCUUCGUGGUCAGCGGUUCCUACUCGUUCACCGGCGCCGAUGGCAAGCGGUACAAGACCCGUUACACCGCCGAUGAGUUCGGCUACCAUCCCAUCACCGAGCUGGAUCUCGACAUUCCCGAGCCCCAGCCCCUGGCCGCCGCCGCCCAGCGCCAGCCCGUGGAUCCCAGCAGCCUGCUGGGCAACAAGAACCGCUUCCAGUUCCUGCAGCAGACUUUGGAGUCCGAGCAAGGACCUCUGCGGGGCAGUGGACAGAGCGGCGAUGACUACAGCUACUCGUCUCCCUAUGGAAGUGGAAGCGGAUUUGGCAUCGGAAACGGCAACUACGGAAGCGGAAACGGCAAUGGCAACUACGGAAGCGGAAACGGAAACGGCUACGAUUACCAGCCCCCUCAGGUUCCCCUUUCCACGCCAUCUCGUCUGUACCUGCCAACGGCAUAAGGUGGUUUUCGCUAAAUCCACCUCUAUUAUAUAUAUAUUUAUAUAUGUAUGACCCCCCCAAGAAAUCAAAAAUACCUUUUCCCCUUCCCGAUCCCCCGAUUUUCCCCAGCUGCAAGUAUUUAGUGUUUUAAGUGCAACUCCAACAGGCAAACGAUGAGUAAACAUGGCAAAUCACAGAGCUAGCGAAAUUUUUUUUUAUCAUUUUUUAGUGUUAUACACGGAGCACAAUUUUAUAUGAUAUUAUACCUAUAUGCACGGAUAUAUGUUAUAUAUCUACCCCCAACACAAACACACACACACAAAACACAAAACAAACACACACACACACACACAAAUCCCGACAAAAGAAACACACGAAUCUAUGUAUAUACACUGAGUGAUAUUAGUAGUAAAUAAAAUGGCUAAACUAACGAUCAA